AUGAAAUUUACAAGUACUGACAAUAUAGAAGUAGAUAGACAAGAUUAAUAAAAAAUCAAUUCUUUUAGCAGAUUGAAUAUGCAAUAUCAUGAACUUAUUAGAUUGAAUUAAGCGUAUAGAAUUAAUAAAAAUAAGGAUAGUCGAAAAGAUGAAUUAGUUCGUUUGUCAGAUGGUAAAGAUGAAAUGGAAUUAAUGGAUGAUGAUGAGAAGAUUCCAUAUAAAUUUGGUGAUUCUUUCAUUAGAGUGAAUGUUGAAAAAGUAAAGAACUUUCACUAUAUAAAAAGGCAAGAACAUUGAUAGAUGAAUAAGUAAUAUAGAUUAAGAAAUAAUUUGAAGAGGAUACUAAGAAAAUUGAAGAGACACUCAAAUCGAUGAAUAAUUUGAAAGCUAAGUUAUAUGCUAAAUUUGGCAGUCAAAUUAAUUUGGAUGAUGAAUGACC